CCUAUAAAAGUAGGUAUUUUGCUCCCGCCUCCCUGAAAUUGGAACUCCGUCGUUACUCUUCCACCUACAAUGUACGGACAACGACCGCCCUUCCGCCCUGGCGGCGGCGGCCGUGGCGCAUCACAACCACCGCAGCCACAGCAGCAGCAAAUCCAGAUGAACCCUAAUUUAUUCCCGAACCCCAAUCUCUUCAUGCUCCAGCAAAACCCCAAUUUAUUGCCUCAAUUUAAUCCCUUUCUCCAAAACCCUAACAGCUAUCCCCAGUUUCAACAUCAGUAUCAGAACAUGAAUAUCCCUGUUCAACUGAAUCACGAACGUACUAGUUAUCAAGCGCCCCCUCAAAAUGAAUAUAACUACAAUAGCAAUAGCAAUAGCAAUAGCAAUAACAAUAACAACUUUCCGCAACAGCACGUUAAGGUGCAAAACGAAAUUGCUGAGAAAGUUGAAAAGGCGGCGAGGAGCGCUUGGAAUGACCUUUUGAAGUCGAAGGAGAACGUCUCGGCAUGGAAAGUUUCGCAGGCAGCCUUGUUAGCUAUGAAAGCCGAGUCCUGGGAAAGUUUGGGCCUUCCAAUGCAGCAAGUGCCUUCGCUGAAGAGCAUCCUCGUUACAGAAGGAAAGAUCAAUGCAUUCAUACACUGCUUUGUAGCGGCUAGAAAAAUUACUUCAUUGUAUGAUUUGGAAGUGGCAGUCUGUGAGAGUGAGGGCGUCAAAAUUUUUGAAGAGCUGGAAUUGGGUCCUUUGGUGAAGCACCCACUUGCUGUGCAUUAUUUUUCCCUGACUUCUAAAGUGACUGAAGUUUACACAAUAAGAACUGAAGAAAUAAUAUCUCACCUUUGUGAGUUUAUUGAUACUCACAAUAAGAAAAGUAUUAAAGUCGAUAUCUUUUUGGAUUUUAUUUGUAAGAAGCAAUCUGCCAGUGGCUGGGAAAACCUUGGUGUGCGGGUCCAGGAUUUCAGGUUAUAUGUUAAUCAUAUAAAGCACGUAAAAGAAUCAGAAGAUGUUGUACUAGAGAAGUGUUAUGAGAAAAUCAGAAAGCAAGAUGGGAAACGCAGCAAGAAGCGUCCACUUUUUUCAAAACAAAAGAAGGAAAUGGAUGACCAUUUUGACACAAUCUCCCAGCGCCUGCAGUCCUUUUCAUCGGAAGCCCAGUUUUCUGGGAAACACAUAAGAUUUUUGUCAUCAAGUUCAGAGGAUGAUGAUAGUGAAGCGAAUCAAUGUGAAGAUAACCAGAACCAGAAGAAUGUAGAUAGCAGUUGUAAUUUGUCGCAGCCAAAUGGUAGAGCGGAGCGUGUUGGCAGCUGCCCUUAUCCAUCAGCAAUUGAAGAAAUGAAAAGGCUGGGCUUGAAAAGUGAAGUGGAGUCCACCUCUUAUACACUCAGUGGUGGUGUAAGGUGUGAUAGGGACAAUAACCACUCUCGUGGGAAGAGAAGAUAUGAAAAUUUGAGUUCAAGCACUUCGUUACCUCGCAAGUUGCCUAAAAAGGAGAAAUUUGAUGCAGAUGUCAAGCUUAGGGGCUCUGAUGAUAAUAAUAGUUUGAGUGGUGAAUCACUUUCUAUUGAAUCAUUAAGGACAUUUGUUACUACCUGGAAUGAGGCAUGCCGAGAUAAUAAUGCAGAUGUGGUUCUCGAAAGGAUGCUUCAAUUUUACAACGUAAGGAGAAAGAGGAAAGUGAAGGAAAUGUUUGCAUCAUAUCCAUUCAUUGGAUUGCUCAAUGCUGCUGUGGCAUGUAUGAAAUUGGGAUUAUGGGAUAAUAUGUAUGAUACUUUCCUGAACUUUGGCCAGCAAGAAAUAGACAAUAAACAAGAUGAGAGUUCAGAUGAUUACAUAAACAUUGGUGUCCGAUCAGCUAAGAAGGAUGUUGCUGCUCCAGCACCUGUGAUUGUUACACACAAACAAAAUAUUGCAGUUGAAGAUAUUGCUAAGAAAAUUUCUGGGUAUCUUGAGGAUGAUGUUUUGCCCCGUAAAAGUCCCGAAGAAAAUAGAUUUCGUUUGUUGAGGAAACUCUGCAACUGUGAGUAUUGGCUAAUUGAACAAUAUUCUGUGGACAAGUUUGAAUCAAUUGGUUAUGGAGAAUAUUUUGUGUUUCUUGAGAAAUAUUCACACCUGCUUCCUGAUGCAUUACAAAAGUGCAUACUAGGUGGUUCAUCGAAAAAUGUUUCUUUGGAGGCUCACAUGCUGCCUAUUCAAUUGGAUGUGUUGCUAUCACAAGCUUUAGAUAGCUUUCAGGAAAAUGAAACUGUGAACAUCCACUAUGUUUCUGAAUUGCUGGCUAGGCAGUUUCCUUUAGUAUGCUUCGAACUAGGGAAUAGUCAUAUCAAGGAAAACUUUCUGGAUGUCAUACAGGAAAGGAGGUGCAACUUAACUUCACAUUCUGUAUUGUUUUCUACACCAUUAUCAAGACCAGCCUAUAUGGGAAAUUCAUCGGCUGAAGAUGAGAAGGAUAACGCAGUAAAAAGUGGAAUUACUGCUCCUGUUACUAGCCGAGACGCCAUUGAGGUCAUGCUGAAGGCCCCUAUGCUGGCUGAUUUGAAAUUGUGGUCGCAUUGGGAUACUUUAUUUGCUCCCCAUCUUGGUUCAAUUGUGAAGUGGUUGCUAAAGGAGGUUAACUCCAAAGAGUUGCUUUGUUUGGUUACCAAGGAUGGCAAAGUAAUUCGUUUGGAUCAAUCAGCUACUGUGGACUCUUUUUUGAAAGUUUUCAUUGAAGAAUCUUCUUUUGAAACAGCAGUGCAGUUGUUGUCCUUAUUUGCAAUAUAUGGUGGUGAACAGAGUAUUCCUCUAUCACUUCUGAAGUGCCAUGCACAGAAAGCCUUUGAAGUUGUUACCAAUAAUUAUUUAGAGAAGAUACUUGAUAAUGAAAAUUCACACAUGCGUGGAACUCAAUCUUUUGAUCAGCAUAUCGUCGGCGAAAGUACAUCAAGUAAUUUAGACAGAAAGUUUUUGAAUAAUAGGAGCAUAAUGAAUAGGGCAGCUCCAGUUUUGUCAAGGUUUGUACUUGAAUGUUUGAGUUAUCUGCCAGUUGAGUUUUGCAGUACAGUAGCAGAUAUAUUGAUUUCUGGGUUACAAUCUUUUGUGAAUAAUGCUCCUGCAGCUAUCUUGGCUGAAUGCAAGCAAAUAGAGCAUCGUCUUAUUCUUCAUGAAGUUGGUCUGUCUCUUGGAUUGUUGGAAUGGGUAAAUGACUACCAAUCCUUUUGUUCUUCUACUACACAUGGACUACCCCCCACACCAUCAUGCUUAGAUGUGGUCAAUUCGGAGCCCAAUAGAUUAUCAAUGGUUGGUCAAGGUGAUCUGAACGUGCAUGUUGCUUCUUCGGGUGAAAUGCUGGUUUCCAGUGAGGCAGAUCUUGGAAAAGAUAAACCAGCCAGUGAUGUGACUGAUUAUGCUAACCUUUUAGGCUGCACUAGUACUUAUUCAGAGGAAUUAUCAAGGCCUGAUAAUCACAACGACACAGAUCCUGCAAAAUUUAUUGAAUCUAUUAGGCAGGAUGAAUUUGGUUUAAAUCAAUGUCUUUCAGCUACUGAAAGUAGCAUGCUGGAAAAGCAGCAUGCUCGAUUGGGCAGAGCUCUCCAUUGUCUAUCACAAGAGCUGUACUCUCAAGAUUCUCACUUUAUCUUAGAGCUGGUACAAAAUGCCGAUGAUAAUAUUUAUCCCGAAAAUGUGGAACCCACUCUAACAUUCAUUCUGGAGGAGAAAGGCAUUGUUGUGUUGAAUAAUGAACAUGGUUUUUCAUUCAAUAACAUCAGGGCCCUUUGUGAUGUUGGAAAUUCAACAAAAAAAGGCGUUAACACUGGAUACAUUGGAAAGAAAGGCAUCGGAUUCAAAUCAGUAUUCCGGGUUACUGAUGCUCCAGAAAUUCAUUCAAAUGGUUUUCAUAUAAAAUUUGACAUUACUGGAGGCCAGAUUGGGUUUGUUCUGCCAACAGUAAUCCCUCCUUGUGAUGUUGACUUUUAUACCAGAUUGGCAUUGGAAGGUUCUGACCACCUUGAUCGAAACUCUUGGAAAACAUGCAUUGUGCUACCUUUCAGAUCAAGUUUGCUGGAGGGAUUUGGCAUGAACAACAUUUUAUCUAUGUUCUCGGAUCUUCAUCCUUCUUUGCUAUUAUUUCUUCAUCGGCUACAAUGCAUUAAGUUUAAGAACUUAGUUGAUGAUUCAUUCAUUGUUAUGAGGAAAGAAGUUAUUGGGAAUGGCAUAGUAGAGGUUACCCUUGGUAAUAAUAGGAUGACGUGGUUUGUAGCAUCCAAGAAAUUAGUGGCUGAUACCAUUCGUUCUGAUGCGCAAACGACAGAAAUUUCUGUAGCUUUUACAUUAAAGGAGACAGGCGAAGAAGGAUAUGCCCCAGUUCUGAAUCAGCAGCCAGUUUUUUCGUUUCUUCCUCUCAGGACAUAUGGACUUAAGUUUAUUCUCCAAGGUGAUUUUGUUUUGCCUUCUUCUAGAGAAGAAGUUGAUGGUAAUAGUCCAUGGAACCAGUGGUUACUAUCCGAAUUCCCUGAUUUAUUUGUUAGUGCUGUGAGGUCUUUUUGUUCACUUCCUUGUUAUGAGAACAGUCCAGCAAAAGCUAUUACGGUAUUUAUGAGCUUUGUUCCUCUUGUGGGUGAAGUACACGGGUUCUUUUCUAGUCUACCACGAAGGAUAAUUUCCAAAUUGCGCAUGUCAAAUUGCUUGCUUCUGGAAAGCAAUGAAGAAUGGGUUCCUCCUUGCAAGGUAAUGAGGAAUUGGUCUGACCAGACACGUUCAUUAUUAUCUGACAGUAUGCUUCACGAGCAUCUUGGUCUGGGAUUCUUGAAUAAGGAUAUUGUUCUCUCUGAUUCAUUAGCUAAGGCUCUGGGGGUUGAGGAUUGUGGACCCACUAUUUUGCUUAAGUUCAUUUCUUCAUUGUGCCGCUCAGAAGAUAAAUUAAAGUCGAUGGGUUUCGGUUGGUUAGCAUCUUGGCUCAGCACCAUUUAUGUGAUGCCAUCUCAGCCUUUUAUGCAAACUUCCUCAAGUAAUGAGACUGAAUCUAAUUUCAUAUCUGAUCUUCAGAAAACUCCAUUCAUCCCUCUUUCAGAUGGUAAAUAUAGCUCUCUGAAUGAGGGCAUCAUUUGGUUGCAUUGUGACUCUGUAGACCAAGGUAUUAGUGAUCAAUAUCUUCUUGAGACAUUUCCAAGAUUGUUUGCCAAACUGCGGAUUGUGAAUCCAGGACUCCUGGCUGCAGCUUCCACCAUUGAUGGUUCAUGCUCCGACGCAUCAAUUAUGGAGAAUGCUGCAAGGAUGCUUUAUAAAAUCGGAGUCCAGCGACUGUGCAUUCAUGACAUUGUAAAGUUGCAGAUUCUGCCAGCCAUAUACGAUGAUAAAAUUGCAGUGGGACAGGAAGAAUUGAUGACAGAGUACCUUGCCUUUGUCAUGUUCCAUUUACAAUCAAGUUGUACAACCUGUUGCCUAGAAAGGGAUAGCAUUAUUGCAGAGUUGCACGAGAAGGCCCUGAUCCUGACAAAUUUUGGAUUCAAGCGAUGUAGUGAGGUGGCUAUCCAUUUCAAUCAGGAGUAUGGAAAUUCUGUUGAUGUGGACAAGCUAAUAAAUGGAAUUGAUAUAAAUUGGUACAAAAUAGGUGUUGCCUAUGUAAGACAUCCAAUCACCAAAUCCAUCUCUGGUGGAGUGUUGAAAUGGAGGAGAUUUUUCCAGGAAAUUGGAGUAACUGAUUUUGUUCAAGUAGUUGCUGUUUGUAAGAGUGUUCCUGAAAUGUCUCCUAUUAGUUUUAAGUAUGAAGAGAAAGCUACAGAGAUGUCCGUUGAUUCAGUUGCUAACAACUGGGAAUCUCAGGAGUUGUUUCACAUAGUGUCCUGGAUUUCUUCUCGAGAUGAUCGGGAAAAGUCUGGAUACCUCUUGGAGAUUCUUGAUAAAUUAUGGGAUGAAUAUUACAGUGAUAAGGCUACUGGUUAUCACAAUGAUACAACUGGGGAACGCAAAUCAUUCAAAUCCUCUAUUGUAUGCACACUCCAAAAUAUCCCAUGGAUAGCAUCAAAUAUCAGCAACAAACUUCACUACCCUAAAGAUCUCUUUGAUGAUUGUGUGGCAGUAAAUUCUAUUUUUGGUCGUAAUGCUCCUUGUACUAUUCCAAAGGUGAAAAGUACAAAGUUGCUCACUGAUAUUGGAUUAAAAACUGAAGUUACCCUUGAUGAUGCUCUAUCCGUUCUUAGACUUUGGAGACAGUCUGCAUCUCAUUUAAAUGCUAGUGUCUCACAGAUGUCCAACUUCUAUGCAUACCUCUGGAAGGAAAUGACACAUUCAAAGAAGAAAGUUAUAGAGGAAUUACAUUCUGGGCCUUUUAUUUUUGUUCCUGAUACAUGUAGCUAUUUGAAUGAAGAUGUUUUACCUGGUUCUCUUAUGUCUCCUCGGGAUGUUUACUGGCAUGAUACUAUUGGUUCCGUAGACCUAAUAAAAUCAGAUCACCCUGAAUGUGUUUCAGCAUUUGCAAGUUCUAAGAUAAAAAUGUUGCAAAACUUAUACCCACAUCUUCAUGAUUUUUUUGUGAAUGAAUGUGGAGUGGAUGAGAGUCCUCCCUUUAGCAGCUACCUUCAGAUUUUGCUGGAGUUAUCUGCUAUUGCUUUACCGCAUCAGGCUGCAAAGCAAGUUUUUGAGGUGUUCUUAAUCUGGGAUGAUGCAUUGAGAUCUGGAUCAAUGACGUCACAAGAUGUUCAAUUCCUGAAAGAAAAUCUCCUGAAAAAGGAAUAUGCUGUGCUUCCUACUAGACAAGAUAAAUGGGUUUCUCUACACUCAUCAUUUGGUAUAGUCUGUUGGUCUGAUGAUGACAAUCUACGAAGAGAAUUCAAACAUCGUGAAGGUGUUGACUUCCUGUAUUUUGAAAAGUCCACUCUAAGGUCUCAGUCAGAUGCUUCUGGGGAAGACAAUCAGAUACUUCUGGGGAAGGUCUCAGUUGCCAUGCAAAGACUAGGAAUUCCUGUCCUCUCUAAGAUUGUAACCCGUGAGGCUAUUGCCUAUGGUUCAGAAGAUAGUAGUUCCAUUUCCUUGCUGGUGAACUGGGUUCUUCCAUAUGCUCAGCGCUACAUCUUCAAUGCACACCCGGACAAAUAUUUUCAACUUAAGCAGUCUUCUUUUGAGAAUCUCAAACAUCUGAAGAUUGUUGUUGUUGAAAAGUUGUUCUAUCGGUAUAAGAUAAUGAAAUCUGAUAUUGCGUCGAAAAAAAGACACCAGUGCAACUGCCUUCUGCAGGAAAACAUUUUAUACUGCUGUCGGGAAUCAGAUUCACACUCAAUAUUUCUAGAGUUAUCUUGUUUACUAUUUGACGGAACUCCUGAAUUGCACUUUGCAAAUUUCCUUCAUAUGAUCAAGACCAUGGCUGAAUCAGGUGCGACAGAGGAGCAAACAGAAUCGUUCAUUUUGAAUAGCCAGAAGAUGCCAAAGCUCCCUGAUGAGGAAUCCAUCUGGUCUCUUCAAUCUGUCUCAUCAUUGGAAAGUGAUGCUGCGUGUUCCGACUCUGUAAAGGUUCAGGAUUUGAGCAAUUUACCAUCCAAACGCAAACAUGGCAUCAAGUCCUCAAACUGGCCACCUGCUAAUUGGAAAACCGCACCUGGUUUUGAGUCUGUUGAUACAUCUAAGUUAACAAAACCAUGGCCCAGCACUGUCCAAAUCGAAGCGGGGAAUAUUGCACAGGAAGAUUAUAGAACAGCAGAUAUUUGUUUUAAUGAUGUUAGCAGUGAAUUUAACAUUGAUGUUAAUUCAACAACUCAGGGAGCAGUUCAAGUUGAGACAGAGGUUCCAGAACCCCAGUCCAAUCUUCCGAGCAACUUGGUGCCAUCCAACGUUAACGUAGUCAUGGAUUCUAUUGAUCUCGAUUCCUUUGAUACAAAGGAUGUCGGGCCAUCUGUUUGUAGCGAGAAAGAUCCGGCACUUAGUCAGCAAGCAUUGCUCACAGGGAGAUUGGGAGAGCUUGUGGCUUUCAAAUAUUUCAUGGGGGAAGAAGUUGGCGACCGGUCUGUGAAAUGGGUGAACGAAGCUAAUGAAACUGGACUGCCUUACGAUAUUGUAUUGGAGGGCGAUGACAGCACUACUGAAUAUAUCGAAGUAAAAGCGACCAGAUAUGGAAGAAAGAAUUGGUUUCUCAUAUCUCUUAGAGAGUGGCAGUUCGCAAUCGAGAAAGGUGAAUCUUUCAGCAUUGCACAUGUUGUCUUGGCAGAAAAUAAUAUGGCGAAGGUCACGGUAUACCAAAAUCCAGCCAGAUUGUGCCAACUGGGUAAUUUGAGGUUGGCAGUUGUGGUACCAAAACAGUAGAGUUGUUUGUAUGGGUGUCUAUACGGGUAGCGGGUGUGUAAUAUGUCCCGACCUGAUACAUGUGUAAUGCUCGAACGAUGAAAAGUGAAAAGUAUUGAAAAUGUGUUUUUCUAUUUCUUGAUCCGUGUAUUUUGACAAAACACUCUGUACGGGUGUGUCAAAAUGCGUCAAUACAUAACGAAUGUACAUAUAUUCAACUCCAACAAGAUCUGGAAAAGGAAAUUUGAGCGUAUACCCAUUGAAGUUUUA